AUGAUCAAGGUGAGGCCUUUUAGCUCCUCAGACCCUCAGGGAGUUACAGGAGAAAAUACUACCAUCAUCCUGACUGUCUGGACAAACCAUAACCUCCACACUCCCAUGUGCUUCUUUCUGAGUAAUUUGUCCUUCCUGGAGAUCUGGUAUGUAACAGUCACACUACCCAAGACAAUGGUCAGCUUCAUGUCACAGAGAAAGCACAUCUCCUUCAUGGGAUGCAUGACACAGUUGUACUUCUUUCUUAGCUUAGGCAACACUGAGUGCCUUCUCCUGGCAAUCAUGGCAUAUGACCGUUAUGUUGCUGUUUGUAAGCCUUUCCAUUACUCCAUUAUUAUAAGCCACAAUGUCUGUGUCUACCUUACCACAGGAUCAUGGUUAACUGUUUUUUUCUUUUCUGAGUGCAAGGUGUAUUUUAUCUCUCAGCUAACAUACUGUGGACCCAAUAUAAUCAACCAUUUCUUCUGUGAUGUUUCUCCUCUCCUGAACUUAGCCUGCACAGACAUAGAAAGAGCUGCCCUUAUGGAUUUUGUGGCUGCCUUAUUUAUUGUCUUGAUCCCUCUAGUAAUCCUAUUGUAUGCACAUAUUAUCUUCACUGUUCUUCGUAUUUCCUCUGUACAAGGCUGCCAAAAAGCCUUCUCCACAUGUACCACUCACCUUAUAGUGGUCAUUCUCUUCUAUGUCACAAGCAUUUUCAUCUAUGUGAGACCCAAAGCACUUCCAGAUCACAAUAGAAAUACAGUUGUGGCUGCUUUCUAUGCUGUUGUUGUUCCUCUCUUCAAUCCUAUCAUUUACUGA